AUGAACCGCUAUCAUAUGUCCAAGCAGCUGGGAGAUGGCACCUAUGGCAGUGUACUGCUGGCUAUGACAGUGGAAACCAACGAGAGAGUAGCCAUCAAAAACCUGGAUUGUUUGUAUAUCAGCCUGGAUUUUUGUAUAUCAGCCCGGAUUUGUUUUUGUAUAUCAGCCUGGAUUUCACUGAGAAAGUUGAAUCAUCCUAACAUUGUCAAACUGAAGGAAGUUAUACGAGAGAACGAUAUGUUGUAUUUUGUCUUUGAGUUCAUGAAAGAAAACCUCUAUCAGAUGAUGAAGGACAGAGAUAAGCUGUUGCCAGAGUCUGUGGUCCGUAACAUCACAUACCAGGUGCUGCAGGGCUUGUCGUUCAUGCACAAGUUUGGGUUUUUUCACCGAGAUCUGAAGCCAGAGAAUCUGCUAUGUAACGGCACCGAGCAGAUUAAGAUUGCAGACUUUGGCCUAGCCAGGGAGAUCAGAUCACGGCCACCGUACACAGAUUAUGUGUCAACACGUUGGUACCGAGCACCAGAAGUGUUGCUGAGAUCCACCAACUAUAGCUCUCCCAUUGACAUCUGGGCUGUCGGAUGUAUCAUGGCCGAGUUGUACACUCUCCGUCCCUUGUUUCCUGGCAGCUCCGAGAUCGACGAGAUUUUCAAAAUCUGUUCCGUUCUGGGAACUCCCAAAAAGGAUGAUUGGGGUGAAGGUUACCAGCUUGCUGCGGCCAUGAACUUCCGCUUCCCUCAGUGUGUAUCCACGCCCCUCAAACAGAUUAUUCCCAACGCCAGCAGUGAUGGCCUGCAAGUUAUCCGAGACAUGCUGUUGUGGAAUCCACAGAAGCGGCCAUCUGCUGCCCAGUGUUUACGUUAUGGAUUCUUUCAAGUUGGAAACGAUCUACCUCGACCACCUCCUGUGUCCAAAACUCCAGUCAACCUACCAUCUCAACCCUCCCCAUCACAGCGAACAAUAGCCAAACCUCCGUCAACCGUUCCCAAGGCAUACCCUGAACCCAAAGCCAGCGAGUUCAACCACCAGCCACUCUCUCAGAGAGCAGCGAAAGGAGAUGAGAAACCUGAUGUUCUGCCUGCGAUACCAGUACAGAUGGGGAAACAGAAUGAGUCU